CGCCAUCACUGUUGGCUUAUUAUUUUCCUUCACAAAAUAAUAUACAAGUCAAACUUGAUAGCCUCCCAAGGAAAUGAUCCUUAAUGCGCCAUGAUCUUCUUCCAUUACUCUUCUGAGUUAUUCUUCACCUUUUCAUUACCUUAAAGGCAUUCGCUUCGUUUGUCCGCCAUGAACGUUGCCCAUUCAUCAUGGCGCAUAUAUCCUCUUCUCCCAUGGCUUCAGCCUUGACCCGACCGCGAAUAGCCAUCGCUGUAGUUUCUGCCGUCACAACAGUCUCCUUGGGCUAUUAUUAUUACCGUGUCCAUCGCAACAGUUCUGAUCCCGAACCCGAUCUUGAUCUUGCUUCUACUGGUUCCGGUUUGCAUCGCCGGAAUGCCCUAAGACGACCACGUCGAUCCUCUCAGCGUCGUGACGAUUCCUCCGAUUCCGACUCUCAUGGCGAUGAAAAUGCUGAGACGACUACUUCGGUACCUAAUCAAGAGCCGCGCUCUCACCCCGACGAUCAGAGCCCCGAUGAAUGGUACAACGACAGUGGCCAAGCCCCGCGCCAGCGCACCGGCGAGAACAUAGUCACCCUCUUGUUCCGAGUGUCUGAGGACAACGCAAGGCGCAAUGCAUAUGUACAUCGCGGCUGUCAGUGUAAUGGCUGUGGCAUGGUUCCCAUACGCGGCAUUCGAUAUCGAUGUGCCAACUGCGCCGAUUUUGAUCUAUGCGAAGUCUGCGAAUCUCAAGGCCUACACAACAAGACCCAUGUCUUCUAUAAAGUCAAAGUACCCGCUCCACCGUUUGGAACCCGACAUGUACAGCCGUCCUGGUAUCCAGGCGAUCCCGACAACUCUAUACGGAACCUGCCGCGAUACCUCCUCUCCAAGUGGUCCCACGAUACCGGUUUCGAGCGUGUCGAGCUUGAUGCUUUCUGGGAACAGUGGACCUUCAUGGCCAAUACCGAGUGGAGGGAUGACCCCGAUGGACUUGGCUUAGCGAUGGAUCGCAAGACGUUCGAGCGCUGCCUCGUCCCAUCUGGUGGUUAUCGACAUGCCGCACCCAAUCUCAUCCAUGACCGUAUGUUUGCGUUUUACGAUACUAACCACGACGAUCUAAUCGGAUUCGAAGAAUUCUUACAUGGAGUUUCUUAUAGGAAAAGGAAGGAUAAACUCAAGAGAACAUUUGACGGCUACGAUAUCGACGGCGACGGGUAUGUGAGCCGACGGGACUUCCUGCGCAUGUUCCGGGCAUAUUACGUCCUUUACAAACAGAUGCACAAGGAUAUACUUGAAGGUCUCGACGACCACAUGAUGACGACUACCGAAGCCCAGCAACUCAUCAACGGCAGACAGCCCCUGAGCAGUUUAUUCGGCAGGGAGGGUAGGGUUCCCGCUGCCGAUCAUCCGAGGCCACUGGAAGGGAAGGUGUUCCGAUCAAACGGGGACGAGGAGAUCAACGAUGGUAAAGGAGUCAUCAACGAAGAUAAGCUAGAUACGUCCGGUCGUGAAGAGAUCCUCAAUAGCCUGUUUGCUCGAAACAAUACCCAGAGUCUCUUCACCGAAUCGUUUGGGUCUUCCUCUCGGAGGCCGCAAUCCCCUAGUGGGGAUGCCCGUUACUGGCCAGGGGUCAUAAACCCUCCUCGCAAUACCGUCGAUCUAGCAACCUUACUCGUUGGUGAUUAUACUCAGCUUGACGACAUCCUCGAAUCAAUCCGCAAUGAAGAACAUUCCCUAGGCGAAGAUGUUGAAACAGGCUCCUCAGAUGAGAAUGGGCAGAGCGAACCCGAGGAUGAGGGGGUUGAUGAAGCUGAUGAUGUCGGGCAGCUCGAGCGCAACGUAGAGGACGAUGCUAUGGGCUCAUCUUCUACCCGCGCCAUUCCAGAUGCUAGCAGAUUCACUAAUACAUUACCUACGGAGAGCCAGCUUAGGGUGCAGCAUCAGGCUAUAGUUGCGAACAACCAUAAUCAUCGUUUGGGGGCCGACAAACGAAAGAGGGUGCAUGCGAGGAGGCAGCUUCUUGAGAGAUGGAAGCGGCGUCAAUUCUAUCUAGAUGAGGAAGAAGGGGCCCUACCACCGCAGGGAUGGGACGAGAACCAGGAUGUUCUGCUGAACUUGAACGGCAUCGCUGAAUCAUCCAAGUCAGCGCCUCAUUUUCUCUCGCCGCGGUCGAGGUCAUCUUCCAAAGUGAGGUUCGCAGAGGACGCGGAUGAUUAUGAAACUCGCUCUAACCCAUCUACCUCUUCCCGAAGCGUGCCGGAGAGAUGGGGUGGGAUGGAGAUACCAGAUGCAGAGCGAGAUGCCGGGAAGGAAAUACUUUAUCAGAUAACGCAGCAAGCCUUCAACGAGCUUCUAGACGAGAUCUUUAAAAGGAAGGAAGACCUUGCCGUCCAGGCAGCCGAAACUAAGAAACUACGCGAAGAGCACCACGAACUCGUAGAUGCGAUCAACCUAGAGGACGUAGACGACUCGGAGGAUCAAUCGCCCCAUGAGCCUGAGCAUCAAGUGCACAUUUCGGACCAGAGCUUACCUGAAUUGCUUUCGACUAGCGGCUAUACCGUCCGUUCUCCCGACUCGGAACAUCCGGCUGCAGAAACACCAACUGAGGAUGACAAGGCACCGCUCAACGUGGAAGAGACGACCACCUUAGAGAUGGAUGCAACCCCGUCGGGAUCAUCGGAUCAUCGUGACCCCACCCUACCCCAGAAUCGCCCCAACAGCAUACCACGAGCCUCACUUGACGGUCCUACAUCUAGAGCUGCGGAGGCCAGGCCUCAGAGUAAAACGCUCGUCAACGGUGCUGGACCAUCCGAGGAUGCUCGUGUCGCCGAGACGGAGGACCCCGAUCCUGAGUCGUUACCCGAAAUAUCACGCUCUACGCUAGUGACAUGGAAGCGGCUUAACCUCGCAGAGCAGGAGGCGAGAGAAAGGGGCGGCUGGGGAAGACUAAGCUACAAGGAGUUCGAGGAGAUAUAUCGAGAGCACGAAUUCCAGGACAGCAGUCGUAAUCGGCUUGAUUACCUGGGCAGCUGGAUUGACUUCUGUAUUCCCUAGGAUCAUCAUAUACUUGAGGAUCACCCUCGCCCAAUUCCGAUAGUUCUCUCGGAAGAGGGACUGUUUUAAGACCUACUUGUACAGGCUUCUCGCGUAUCUCUACACACAACCCGCAAUUGGAUUCCAUGCUUAAAGUUGAUAGAGGUGUAUAUUUAUUGUCGAGCCACGGAUAUCCCGUGUACAGUAGCAUCGCUGUAUCUGUGAAUGGGCGCGAAUUAUAUGUCACGGUAUCAAAAUUCUGCAGCUGUUUGUCUACCUAGAUACCUACUCAGGUAUGCCUUAAACUCGUAGCCUUGGUUUAGUUUGAUAGGUAUCUUACACCGUCAAUUCUGUCACAUAUCUUACCCGAUCGUAUUAUCUCCAUUCGACAUAUCUCUGUAAAUGCCACUCGACUUUGAC